ACGCUGCCGGGGGAGGUGCUCGCUCCUCCUCUCUUAUUAGUAAUAACAUGACUUGUAAUGAAGGAAUAAAUAACCCAGAAGAUAAGACGAGUGGCAAGGGGACUGCUACCAAGUACAAGAUACAUAAGAAAAGAUGGUUGUCGUUGAGGAGUGAGGAGCAGUGGUGGGUGAGCUUGGUUACACUGACAGUGCUCGCAGCCAUCACCCGCCAGACCUCACUAGACGAGCCUCCAGGCACGCUGUGGGACGAGGUGCACUUCGGUACCUUCGCUAACCAUUACAUCAACCGCAACUUCUACCACGAUGUUCACCCUCCCCUGGGCAAGAUGGUGAUCGCUGGAGCGGCGUGGUUGGCUGGCUACAAUGGAACCUUUGACUUCCAGGGGAGUAGCAUCUACACCCGUGAUCUUAACUAUGUUGCUCUGCGCUCGAUGAUGGCUGUGCUGGGAUCUAUGCUGGUGCCGCUCAGUUUUCUGCUGGUGUGGGAGCUGUCUACCUCUCUCACCGCUGCCGGCCUCGCUGCACUCUGCGUCCUCACAGAUACGUUCGUUCAUCGGCUCAACACACUGAUUCUCCUGGACCCACUACUGCUGGUGACCAUUCUGGCCAGUGUCUACGGCAUCACAAAAUUCCACAACCAGAGGCAUAGGGCAUGGAGCAGUGCGUGGUGGUGGUGGCUGUGUUUCACAGGCAUGAGUCUUGGUACGGUGAUGAGCAUCAAGUACGUAGGGGCCUUCACCGUACUGUACGUAGGACUGCACACCGCCUACCAGCUCUUCUGCAUCGCUGCCGACACCAACACACCUCUUUUGCAGGUGCUUCCUCACACAGCAGCGCGGGCAGCUGCUCUCAUUAUCCUGCCCACUGCUGUCUACCUCACUACCUUCGUCAUUCACUUCUCCAUCCUUACACAGUGGGACGUUAACGGUGGCGGCUUAUACCACACUAAGUUCUUCUUAGCCUUCAACGGUACUGAGUACGACAACGCUACCUUCCCUAAGUAUGUUCAUUAUGGAGCCAACGUGACGAUCCAGAGCAGCCGACCCAUCUGUGGCUACCUCGAGUCUUGGUACGACCUCUUUCCGUCAGAACUCACUGCCCCCUGUCAGCAGGUCACCACCUCAACCAUCAGGGAUAACGAAACAGUCAUGUGGACUAUCAAAAAGGUAGAUAUUGAUGCUGGGUCAGUGGUGGAUGGUAAGGACCCGCUGCAGGAGGCGCUGCUGGUGCGUAAUGGAGACUAUGUGAUGCUGACCCACGCUGCUACUGGUCGCUCUCUGCGCUCUCACGGUCACCGAGCACCCAUCACCAAGCGUCACUACCAAGUCUGCGGCUACGGAGAUGAUGGUGCUGGUGGACCAUUUGAAACGUGGGAACUGUUGGUACCUGGGACGAAGGUAGGUGAGCCUCUGCAGGUGGUCGAGCACGACUUCCUUCUGCGCCACUACAAGAUAAACUGCUUCCUCAAAGGCAAUGAGAAGGUCGUCUUACCCAAGGAAUGGGCAUUCAACGGAGCGAAGGAGGUGACAUGCACCAGGAACAUGGAACAGCCAGGCACAGAGUGGCACAUUAACUGGAACGUCAGUCCUAAACUAAAGGAGAAGGUGAUGGUGAAAGACAUGGCUCUGGGUCUGUGGGACAAGAUCAUCCAUCAACACUUAAAUAUGUUCAUCAGUAACUCUCUCCUCGUGGGCACCGAAGAAGAGGCCGAACACUCAGCCAGACCCUGGAUGUGGCCCAUACUCUGGCGAAUCCAGAUGAUGGGAACAUACGUAGUGAACAAAACUAGCGGGAGGAUGGAAAAGGUGGUUGGAGAGUACGUUCCGCAGGGGACGACAGAGAAGGGAGUGUUUUCUGUAGGCAUGACCAACCCCUUCCUCACCUACCUGAACCUAGUGUGCCUGAUAGGUGUGCUUGUGCUCAGUCUCGCUCAUAGCUACUGCAACUCUCGAUGUCCACAAGAGAACCCCCACAACGCAGGUGUGCGGCGUAAGGCGCUGGUGGCGUGCUGGUGGCUGGCAGGAUGCUGGGCUAUACACUACCUCCCAUUCUUCUUCAUGUCUAGAGUCCUCUACUACCACCACUACUGCCCCGCUUACCUCUUCUCCUGCAUGAUUACAGGUGUGCUUCUGUCUUGGGUGAGUGAAGCAGUUGCGGGAGCAGUUAGGAAGGCAUGGCAGAAGACAGUGAAGUGGUCUCUCCUGCUGCUGACCUCUACCGCCCUUGUCUGCUCCUACGCAUUUUUCUGGCCGCUGGCCACCCACAUCAAGGGCGAGAUCUUCGAGGCCAACCCUAGAGUGAACUCUGGCCUUGACUACUUCUACAUAGGUCAGCUGUGGCCAGAGUUUGGCUAUAGGAAGAGUGAAUAUGUCAGCAUCGUUUCCACCAUUAUAGAGAAGUGGAGCGAGGGACUCUUGGACAACCCCGACUUGAAUGCUACUCUCUACUACCUGACGCAGCUCAACUACACUGCCCACAACCCUGGCAACAUCCACCCAGUACACGCAUCCAACUUCAGCCUCUGGAGACCUUCCACUCUCAACCACGCUUACCUUCCCUGAGACCCACCACUCACCCACUUUCCCUGAGACCCACCACUCGCCCACCUUCCCUGAGACCCACCACUCACCCACUUUCCCUGAGACCCACCACUCACCCACUUUCCCUGAGACCCACCACUCACCCACUUUCCCUGAGACCCACCACUCACCCACUUUCCCUGAGACCCACCACUCACCCACUUUCCCUGAGACCCACCACUCGCCCACCUUCCCUGAAACUCACCACUCACCCACCUUCCCUGAGACCCACCACUCACCCACCCUCCCUGAGACCCACCACUCCCCCACCUUCCCUGAGACCCACCACUCUCACCCACCUUCCAUGAGACCUACCACUCACCAACCUUCCCUGAGACCCACCACUCACCAACCUUCCACGAGACCCACCACUCACCAACCUUCCAUGAGACCCACCACUCACCCAGGGCUGGAUUUAGGCAUAAGUUAAACAAAUUACAACUUAGGGCCUCGGUCUAAAGGGGCGUCUUAGAUUAGAUUUUGCCACCGAAGUGGCUAGUUUAUUGUGCACCCCAUAUCCAUCCUGUGGACGGUAGCGCAAGAGCAUAUGGUUACACAAAAGGCCUAGGAACUUGGCCCCAAAGGGUUAACAGGAAGUUAUUAUGCACCCCAUACCCAUCCUGUGGGCGGUAGUCAAAAGAUUACAGAGGUACAUAAUGGGUCCAGGGACUGGGCCUCAAAGUUUUGAUAGCUGAGCAAGUUACAGAGGUAAUGAAUUCACAAUUUACAAAGGUAAUGAACUCACAAUUUACAAAGGUAAUGAACUCCAGGUAGGUCUAGUCACAAUCAUGACAAGAAUAGGAACAGGAAUACAUAUGGAUUUAUUGAUACAAUGUUAUGGUCCUUGAAGGUGAGAUCCUCCGACAUGAUCACUCCCAGGUCUUUGACGUUGGUGUUUCGCUCUAUUUUGUGGCCAGAA